UCGGAAGCGGAGUGACGUCAGCGCGGCGGGUUCCCGGCCGGCGGUCCUCUGGUUGCCUAGGUUACGGGGCAGUGGGGGAAGCGCCCCGGGGCGGACGCCGGUCCCCGCGGCGGCCGGAGCGGGGCCGGGCUGGAAAUGGACCAGGCCUUCGUGGCAGAGGUGGCGGCCGCCCUGGUCAGGGAAUUCCUCAGUCGGAAGGGCUUGCGGAUGACCGCCGCCGCCCUGGACCGGGAGCUUCCACGGUCAGCCAGAGCCAUCCGCACCCGGCAGGAGCUGCGCAGGGUCUUACACCUGGAGGCCGCCUACCGCCGGGACAAGGCAAAGGGCAGCCCCCUGAAAACCAGCCUGGAGCUCAUCACUCUCCACUGCCUGUCCGGCGCGGGUCUCCCCACGGAGGCUCCCGGCGGGGCCGACUCGGCCGCGGUAGCCGAGGACGUGACCCCGCAGCAGCAGCGACGGGACCGGCAGCGCCGGAGUCCAGACGGCACACGGGGUCCCGGGCCUGACCUUCCAGCUGAGGGCCGCAGGGUCACUCGCAAGACGGGAGGACCACGCAGGACCCUCGUCCCCAGCAGCCCAGGUGAUCCCGACGGAGAAGCCGACGGCCAGAGAUCCCUGACCGGGAACCGGAUGCUGCCGAUCCAGGCCCCGACCCUCGGGGGCUUUUCGCUUCCCGCCCAGCUGGGCGGUGUGAAGCUGCCGGACCCUGACCCAGAGGCAAGGAGGAGGGCGAGUGAGAAACUCUGUCCGAAGCCCGGCCUGAUCGCCCGAGGAAUGAUGGCCGGUCCCAUCGCCUGCUCCCCAGAGGACUCCGCCAAGAAACGUGUCUGGAGACGCCCACCCCGCCCUCCCAGCCCCCUGCAUAGUGGAGACCGGGACUCCCGCCCACCCUGUCCCCUCCCCGCGCCCUCCGGCCAUCGCCGGGAAAGCCCCGCGGGGUCCGCCCCGCCCCCAGGGCCCCUCGUGCCCGGGAGCCCCUCUCCAGUGGGCUCUGCCCGGGGUCUGCCCGGCAGCACCGGACCGGACGGCCACUCCCGGCACCCCUCCCGGGACCCCUCGGUACUCCCGGCCCUCAGACCGCCGGAGAGGGAGAAGACCAGGCCCGGCCUCGUGCCCGAAAGCCGGAGGGGCCUGGACUGCAGCGCGGAGGAGAGGCCGGUGGGCCCCGCGUCUGGCGGCCCACUCGCGGCCGCCACUCAUGGGAGUGACCGCUACCAGACUGCACCCAGGAGCCACCUGCCCCGAGCCGACAGCUCCAGCGGUCUUCUGACUCUUGAGGACGUGGAGGAUGAGUUUACAGAGGCGGAAGCGAUCCGGCCCAAGGUCCCGCCCCCACGGCAGCCGCAGACGGAAGCCAAAGCCAUCGACUUUUCCCUGGCCAAAGAGUUGAAGAGCCUCCUGUUUGGAUCCAGCCUGGCCGGGUUCAGGACGGAGUGGACGCUGCAGGGCUUCACGUUCAGCGACGACCCCCCGCUGCGCUAUGGCAUCGUACAGAACAAGGGGGGACCGUGCGGCGUUCUGGCAGCUGUGCAGGCCUGUGUCCUGCAGAAGCUCCUGUUCGGAGACGGUGGAAGUGGAAGCCCCAGAACCCGGCCCCCGCAGCCUUCGAGCGCCCUCAGGACCGACUGCCUCGUGGCGGCCGUGGCCGACAUCCUGUGGCGGGCCUCCGGAGCCGACCGGCCGGUGGUGGCACUGGCUUCGGGGACGCAGCAGUUCACUCCCGCAGGAAAAUACAAAGCAGAUGGAGUCCUAGAAACCCUCGUGCUGUACAGCGUGGCAACGAAGGAAGAUCUGGUGGGGUUUCUCCAGCAGAACAUCCACCAGUUUGAAGCGGGUCCUCUGGGCUGCAUCCUCCUGACCCUGUCAGCCGUCUGCUCGCGGUCCGUGGCCAGGGUGCGCGAGGACUUCGAUGUUCCCACCAACCACCUGAUCGGCGCCCACGGGUACUGCACACAAGAGCUGGUCAACUUGCUGUUGACCGGCCAGGCAGUGUCCAAUGUGUUUGACGGCGUGAUGGAGCUGGACUCUGGGGGCGGGAGUACCGCCCCCCUCCGCGGGAUCAUGGCCCGCAGCGACAUCGGGCUGCUGUCCCUCUUCGAGCACUACGACGUGUGCCGGGUGGGCUCCCACCUGAAGACCCCCAGGUACCCCAUCUGGCUGGUGUGCAGCGAAAGCCACUUCAGCGUCCUCUUCAGCCUCCGCGAGGAUCUGCUGCAGGACCGCGGGGCUCAGAGGAAUUUCGACCUGUUCUACUUCGACGGCCUGGCCGGUCAGCGGGAGGAAAUCCAGCUCACCAUAGACACCACCAAGCCCGAAACAGGAGACCCUGCAAGUGACCUCACCCCUCCUCUGGAGCACUGCAUUCGAACCAAGUUGGCUCCCGCCCGAGAACUCCAGGUUGAUCAAUCGAUCAGCAUUGAGCAUUUACUGUGCGCAGAGCACUGGACUAAGCACUUGGGAGACUGCAGUCGGUGGAAGGGGGCCCUGGUGGACUGGAACGGCACCGAGCCCUGGCUGUGACAUCCUGGGGUCCCGACCCCACCGCACCGGGGCUGUUGACGUCGAGCAAGCGGGAAUCCCGUGGCCUUGAGGCUCGCCGCCACUGCCGCCGUCGCCGCGGCCCCGAGCCCUUUCAUGUGUCCGGGAACGGCGUCCCCCGAGUCCCCACGCUUCCUUCCACGAGCUGCCGCAGAGGCGGGCCAGCACCGGAGGCCGGAGCCGGGGCCUCGGCCAAAGCCGGCCGUAAACCUGUCAGCGGCGGCGCAGCCCCUCAGCGCCCGCCCGCGUCCUGCCAUUGUGUCCGCAGAUCUGACGGCCGGCACGGUGUGCCAACCGUGAGGCCGGGCCCCGCCCUCCUCCUGCCCCCAGCCACCGGCCCCUGGGCAUUUCCCAAGGCGGGGGGCCCGGCUGGGUGGGCAGGGGGCGGUUCCUUCGGGGGGGCCACAGGCCAGCGGAGAAACCUUUGAAGGAAUCCCAGCAUCAGAUUGCCAUAGACAGACCCUCCCCGGCCCCGCUCUGGGGGCCAGACCAAAGUAGUUGGGCCAGACCUGGGCUUCCCGAGGUGGGAGGUGCAGUGGGGAGAUGCCCUCCGUGGAACAGCCCGUAGGUCCCAGAAUCCUUCAGGUAGCAAGGGAGAGAAAGCCGGAGGGGGGGGAACAGAUAUCCCAGACUGAUCUCUACAUCUCCGAAUCCACUUCCGCCAAGCGAACUUCACCCACACACGUGGCACAUCCCAUCUGGGCCCCACGUCCAGGGCCGGGCCUUUAGAAUUCCUCACGCCCUUCCGGCCUUACGUUCAGUGAACCGAUGGGACGAACUGGACACCCACUGGGCAUAGAGCCCUCGACUGAGCACGUGGGAGAGGACACUGGGGGCUUGGGAGAGGACCUCGGGGCAAAUCCCCUAUCCCCCAUCAAGGAGUUUCCAAGCCACCGCUCCCGGCUCCCCCUUGCGUUUCCCGCUUUCCAAUUUUAACUCCUUCCUCGCACUUUCUCUGGGGGGCAGGAGGGUGUCCACCCCGUCCCCAUCCCCCGGGUGAGGCCAAAGAGCCGGCGGGGGCCACUGGGGGCAGGGCCAUGAUCGACGCUGUCCAGAUGUGCCGCAGAUGCCGAUGGGCCGCUGGCGUGACAGAAGGCCAGGGGCGGGGACUAUUGGAAUCAGGAGGAAGGUCGGAGGAGUUUGUGGAAUCAGAGAGCGGAGCCAGGACUGAGACCAGUCUCUGCUUCUGGCCAGGCCAUAUACACCAGCGAGUGCCAAUUGGCCACCCUUAGUAGGGUGGGGCCAAGCCGCCCCUGGCCCUCUUCCCCCGUGCCCCCCACUCGCCAUCCUGGACCGUGAUGAUCACAAAUGCCACGGCCGGGCCUCAGGCCCACCACCCGGCCUCAAAGUCUACGCCACCCGCCGCCGCCUGCUGCCUCUCUUCACUCCUGACCAAGCCCCCCCCCCCAACAACCGCCCUUCUCGGGGGCUACCACAGAGUCCCAUCCAUCCUGGUUCAGGAUUCCCACCCCGGAACACCAGCGAAGGGGGUGGCCCUCGGCCUCAGAUGCCCCCUCCAGCUGCCCAUCGCAUGGCUGGUGUCAGCCCUCCGCUUCGCUCCGAGGCGGAGAGGAAAUGAAUCCUCGAGAACAGAGUCGGCUGUGAGCACCGGGCCGGAGGCCACUGGCCACAGGAGGCUGUCGAGGCCAGGAGAACUCACCCGCUGCUGCUCCACCCUAGCCAGGCCCUGACGCCACCCACCUCAGGGCAGCGGGCGAGGCCUGCCACUCAGUCCAGCGCCCGGCCCGGCUCCUCCGAGUCGCUGUGUAAACUCCGGUACCUCUUCGCAGCGGGCUCCCGGCAAAAACGCUUCCUCUAUAUUCUUGAAA